AGAGAGACACAUAGUGAUCGAGUCUUCGACUCAGCCAUGGGGACUACACCAUCAGCACCAACACUUCAAGACCAAUGUGUGAAAAGAGGCCAAUCCAUACAGUUCAGUUGGAGGGCUAACACUGGGGUAUAUGCCAAGUGGAUGAAGGAUGGUAAGACACUUGUAAAUGGUGGCAGGAUCAGCAUAUAUCAAUCAGAAGAUUAUAUGGACUUCACACUAACAAUCAGAGAUGCCAAGAACGAGGAUGAGGGGAAAUACACUUUGGAACUAUGGAACAGUAAAGACCGGGCAUCAGGCUCUGCAACCAUCAAAGUCCUAGAGUAUGAUGUGGACUGGAGAACAGUAAACUGGAAAGGAAAUGAGAAUAUCAAAAAGGCACUAAGAGAGUUGCACCCCAGCAACCCCAAUGUGAAGCACCUUCGCUUCUUGCUGCAUGGGCCUGUGGGAGCGGGGAAAUCCAGCGUGAUCAACUCCAUCAACUGUGCUUUCCAGGGACGCAUCAACGUGAACGCACUCGUGGCUACAACAGCAGGCAAAAGUUACACUAAAGUCUACAAAACUCAUCCAAUUAAAGAUAAGGAUGGAAAAGAGUUGCCUUUUGUCUUCAACGACAUCAUGGGCCAGGAGAAUGAGGAAUCCGCCGGAGCAUCAACAGCUGACAUCAUCAGUGCCCUAAAUGGUCAUAUCAGAGAAGGCUAUACGUUCAACCCUGUUUCAGCGUUGUCUGAGAGUGAUAAGUACUACAACAUCAGCCCCAGUCUGAAUGAUAAGAUCCACUGCCUGGUGAGUGUGAUUCCUGCUGAUAAGAUCUCACUGCUGGACGACACUAGUGGAGUCAUCGUGAAGAUGAGGGACGUCAGAGAGGCUGCUAAUGACCUGGAGAUACUGCAAGUAGUCUUCAUGACCCAUGUGGACAAAUGUUGCCCUCUGGUGAAGGAGGACCUGAAGCACAUCUACUCCAGCAAGAAGAUUAAGCAGGCAAUGGAGCAUUGCAGCAUCAAGCUUGGUGUUCCCAUGAACUGCAUCUUCCCGGUGAAGAACUAUAGCGAGGAAAAUCGUGUGAAUGAGGAAAUUGACUGUUUGAUCCUGGAUGGCCUGAACCAAAUUGUCGACUUUGCCAAUUACUAUUUGGGAAGCAUCUGAAAGACAGUUUUGCUGUCUGUUUUAAUUCUGAUUUCACCAAUAGAUGUCUUGGUUCUGAAAAAAUAAAGGGAGACAAAUAGAUAAAAAAACAGAAUUAAAAAAAAAAAAAAAAAAAAAAAAACACACACUAAAACUUUAGUGCUAGUCUCCCUCAGUUACCUAUGAGAUUUUGUUUUCUUUCUUUUGGAGUACAACCAUAUUCAGAGGUCCUAUCAUCCGCAGAGAUAUAUGGACAGCAUGACAAAUGCAACGAUCCACUGGAUCCACUGUCUCAUGUUGGGAGACAAUAGGCUAACAAAUAGUGCUGCUGACCUUACAUGGUAUGGACUAUGGACACAGCUGGUUGAAUGGUGUUUGAGGUGUUGUAACUUGAAUGCCAAUGUAUCUUGUAACUUGGGUGUUGUAAUUGGUAUGCCAGUCUAUCUUGUAAUUGUGCCAAUGUAUUUUGUUACUUGGGUGUUGUAAUUUACAAUGUGUCUUGUAACUUGAGUUUGUAAUUUUAUGUAUCUCUUCCCUUAGGCUACCCAAUAAAAUGUAUGUUUUACA